UGUAAGCUCAAAGCUGAGCGACAGACACUUUUGCUUUAACCUCACUUUACUAACUGCACUCCACUCUUCAAUCACAAAAUAUUUCAUCAUCUUCUUCAUCUUCAACACCUCCCUUUUCCACCUCUCUCUCUCAUCUUACAUAACGUAACAACACCAAAUCUUCAUGAACAUUUGACAUACAAAUUCUCACUCUUACAAUGGCCACUACUAAUUCAUCUGAAGUCGAUGAGUAUGAUCACAGGAGCGACGCCUACACUCUCAGCGCUGAUGUCAGUGAAUCUGAAAGCGCCAUCACUCUUUCUGACUCUUUAACCAAUUCUCCCCCGAGAUUUCGCUCCAUUCCCGAUAUCACAUUGCCCUUGGAAUGUCACGCUAAUGUCGUCGAAAUACGAGACGCCACUGAUCCAUCCGAGGUAGAAUUGAUGAAGGAACGGUUUGCUAAGCUACUUCUUGGAGAAGAUAUGUCCGGGGGAGGAAAGGGAGUUGGUACUGCCCUUGCCAUCUCAAACGCCAUCACGAAUCUCUCUGCCACUGUGUUUGGGGAGCUAUGGAAGUUGGAGCCACUGGCAUCACAAAAGAAGUCCAUGUGGCAUCGAGAGAUGGAAUGGCUUCUAUGUGUAAGUGAUUCUAUUGUAGAGCUCAUUCCAUCGUUUCAGGAAUUACCAGGUGGUGGGACCUAUGAGGUUAUGGUGACUAGACCCCGUAUGGAUCUAUAUGUCAAUCUUCCUGCACUCAAGAAACUUGAUGGGAUGCUAUUAAGCAUUCUUGAUGGUUUUCGCGAUACUGAAUUUCAAUAUGUUGAUCGCGGAGGUAUCCUUGAUAACGACAGUGAACAGAAUGAAUCACAUCCUCGUUCUCCAUUUUCCAGGAGAUGUUCAGUUAGGCUCGAGGAGAAAUGGUGGUUACCAUUCCCAAAGGUCCCACCUAGAGGUCUCUCUGACAAUACGCGGAAGAGAUUGCAACAGUUCAGGGAAUGCACUAUUCAAAUUUUCAAGGCUGCUGUGGCAAUCAACACUUGUGUGCUGUCUGAGAUGGAAAUACCAGAUGUUUACUUGGAGAGCCUUCCCAAGAGUGCAAAGGCUUGUUUAGGUGAAACUAUCUACCACUACUUAACAGAUGAUCAGUUCUCUCCAGAUUGCCUUCUUGAAUACUUAGAAAUGUCAUCAGAAUACACAAUUCUGGAGAUAGCAAAUAGGAUUGAGGCUUCUGUGCACAUCUGGAGGCACAAAUAUUUCAAGAGGCAAUUAAGUCGUGCAAAAUCUGGAAGGUCAUGGGGCGGAAAGGUUAAGGGUCUGGUUAGUGACAAAAAAAAGAAUAAAUUCUUACAUCAAAGAGCUGAGACCCUUCUGCGAAAUCUGAAGUUACAGUUUCCUGGCCUUCCACAGACAGCGUUGGACAUACAGAAAAUUCAGUAUAACAAGGAUGUUGGACAGUCCAUCCUGGAGAGCUACUCCAGGGUUAUUGAAAGCCUAGCCUUCAAUUUAAUGACAAGAAUUGAUGAUCUCCAAUAUGUUGAUGAAACUACAAGGCAACGUGCAGCAGCGGAGUCUUCACCUAUGCUUGGCGAGAGUGACUCUGCUUCUUCCCUUCCCACACAGAAGCAUAUCUCACCAAGCCUGUUCUCAAUUCAGCAUACUUCUUGCUCAUCUUGAUCGGCAGCUUAUCCGAAAUGAGAUUCAUGAUAUAAAAAGACAAUAUGUAUCCACUGGUAAGAAGCCAAAGAGAACAAAUUGGUCAUCAAGAAAAAGUCACCUGAGUACUGUACGCUGGCCUGCAGAUAGCAUCAAAGUCGAUUCAGCUUUGCAGGGAUGGUUGCUGAUUCAGCUAUUGGUGCCUUGCAGGUAAGUUUGGCGAACAUCUAUCCUGUACAAAUAUUUUUUGAAUAACUAGAUGAAACUUGGGAAUAUAUUCCAUUGCUUAGGGUUGUAUAAAAUCCUGUAGGACGGUAAGUUUUCUGACUAACAUUCUUAUAACUUUUAUUAUCUUCUCCCAAGGCCAUACUGGUAACCAGAUAUUAUAAUUUUAUGCUGCAAGAGUUAUGUUUC